AUGGCUUCCGUUCUCGUUUUCGGCCCUACAGGCAAGGUUGGAUCCUAUGCCGCACGUACAGCCGCAGAGCAUGGCGCCAAAGUCUGGUUGGCGAUGAGAGACACCACCAAGACUAUCCCUGGUCUGACUGGGGAUGCCGAGAAAGCGGGCGGCUUCAACAGAGUCCAGGCUGACCUACAGAAGCCAGAGACAGUGAGCGAGGCAGUCAAAACCUCUGGUGCCAAGCGCGCAUUCAUCUACCUCGUCCAUGGGGCUCCAGACCACCUAAAGGGCUCCAUUGAGGCGAUGAAGGCUGCGGGCAUCGAGUUCGUUGUAUUCCUCAGCAGCUUUACCAUCCUCGUCAACCAAGGCUUGCGAGAUAUUUCUCCAUCUGACUACAUUGCCUACGUCCACGCGCAAGUUGAAGCAAAUUUGGAGGAUACAUUUGGCCCGGAUGAUUACGUGGCGCUGCGUCCCGGCGGCUUCGUGACAAAUUUGCUGGCUGAGAGAGAGGGCAUUAUCGCUGGCAAAUUACAACUGUACGGUGGCAUAUUUGAGCAAGACAAUAUCGUACCAAGCGACAUUGGUAAAGUUGCCGGUACUGUGCUUGUGUCAGGUCCAAGAAAUGGACAGAAGAAGGUGUAUCUUUAUGGGCCCCAGAUUAGAUCGAUCCAUGAUAGCUACGUGGAGAUCGGCAGAGUGCUGGGCAAGGACUUGGAGAUUAUUACCUUGGGACCCGAGGAUGGGCUUAAGAAAUACAUUAGCCGUGGAAUGAGCGAUACUGUCGCUAAAUACAUGGUUAAGAUUGGGGGUACCAAGGGUCCAGAUAAAGGAAAUGGCGAGCGGUUUCCUAGGUAUCAGGAGGGUGCAGGAAAUGUGCAGCUAUACACUGGAAAGCCGUCAACUAGCCUUGAGGAUUGGGUGAAAGAGAACAAGGAAAUAUUCAAGGCUUGA